GCGGCGCGCGGGGAGCCCGGCCGCGGGGACACGCGGAGCCCGGCGGAGGGUCGGACCUCAGGCCGGCCCGCCCCGGGGAGCCGGAGACGGCGAACCUGGGGAGGUCGAGCGUCCAUGGAGCAGUUCCUGGCCCAGCUGUGCGGCACCAGCGAGUCGCAGCCGCUCCCGGUGUGGGAGGGCGACACCACGGGCCACUGCUUCACCCAGCUGGUGCUCAGCGCCCUGCCCCACGCGCUCCUCGCCGUGCUCAGUGCCUGCCACUGGGGCACUCCGAGGAACCCAGAGUACAGCCUUUCCUGCAUUCCUGGCUGGCAGCUCCGACUCACGACCUCCUUCCUGCUCUCCGUCUUUCCCCUCCUCGACCUGCUCCCAGCUGCUUGGCCCCCAGGGGCGGGCCCCGGGCCCCUGGGGUUGGAGGUCCUUGCCAGUGGCGUGGCAGCGGUGGCCUGGCUCAGCCACGGUGUGGCCCUGUGGGUGCUGGCUCGCUCCCCGCACAGCCGCUCCCGGGGGCCCCUGUCCUUGGCUCUGACGGCCCUCCUGCCCGCCCCGGCCCUCGUGCUGACCCUGCUAUGGCACUGCCAGCGGGGCACCCUCCUGCCCCCCCUCCUUCCGGGGCCCCUCUCCCGCUUCUGCCUCCUCAUUCUGCAGCUCACCGCGCUCCUGGGCUAUGGGCUGGGCUGGGCGUUCCCAGGGGGCUCAGGGGGUCCUGGGCUUCCGGAGCAGCUCCUGCCGGAGGCGCAGGAGCGUGAGGUUGCUGAGGAUGGGGAGAGUUGGCUGUCACGCUUCUCCUAUGCCUGGCUGAGCCCCCUGCUGGCCCGCGGGGCCCGGGGAGAGCUCCAGGAGCCCCAGGACACGUGCCGGCUCCCCUCGAGGCUGCACCCCGCCUUCCUCACCCGGCUCCUCCAGUCCCACUGGCAGGAGGGCGCCCAGCUGUGGCGGGCCCUUCACGGGGCCUUCGGGCGGCGCUACCUGGCCCUCGGGGUGUUGAAGUUGGUGAGCACCAUGGUGGGAUUCUCGGGGCCGCUGCUGCUGUCCCUCCUGGUAGGCUUCUUGGAGGAAGGGCAGGAGCCCCUGAGCCGGGGCGUGCUCUACGCCCUGGGACUGGCCAGCGGCGCCGUGCUGGGGGCCGUGCUGCAGAAUCAGUACCUGUUCGAGGUCCGGAAGGUGAUGCUGCAGGUGCAGGGGGCGGUGAUGGGCAUCCUGUACCAGAAGGUGCUGCAGCUGGGGCCCCGGCGCCCCCCGACGGGGGAGGCCCUCAACCUGCUGGGCACCGACUCGGAGCGCCUGCUCAACUUCGCGGGGAGCUUCCACGAGGCCUGGGGCCUGCCCCUGCAGCUGGCCAUCACCCUCUACCUGCUCCACCGCCAGGUGGGCGUGGCCUUCGUGGGGGGGCUGGUCCUGGCCGUGCUGCUGGUACCCGUCAACAAAGCCAUCGCCACCCGCAUCAUGGCCAGCAACGAGGGGAUGCUCCUGCACAAGGACGCGCGGGUGAAGCUCAUGGCGGAAGUGCUGGCUGGCAUCCGGGUCAUCAAGUUCUUCGGCUGGGAGCAGGCGCUGGGGUCGCGCGUCGAGGCCUGUCGGGCCCGAGAGCUGGGGAGGCUGCGGGUCAUCAAGUACCUGGACGCGGCCUGUGUGUACCUGUGGGCCGCCCUGCCAGUGGUCAUCUCCAUCGUCAUCUUCAUCACCUACGUCCUCUUGGGCCACCAGCUCACGGCCACCAAGGUGUUCACGGCCUUGGCCCUGGUGCACAUGCUCAUUCUUCCCCUCAACAACUUCCCCUGGGUCAUCAACGGCCUGCUGGAGGCCAAAGUGUCCUUGGACCGGAUCCAGCGUUUCCUGGACCUUCCCAACCACAACCCCCAGGCCUACUACAGCCCAGAUCCACCCACAGAACCUUCCACGGCUGUGGAGCUGCAUGAAGCCUUGUUCUCCUGGGACCCGGCUGGGACCAGCCAGGAGACCUACAUCAGCCACCUCGACGUGAAGAAGGGUGUCCUGGUGGGCAUCGUGGGGAAGGUGGGCUGCGGGAAGAGCGCGCUGCUGGCUGCCAUCGCGGGGGAGCUCCACAGGCUCCGUGGCCGGGUGGCAGUGCGUGGGCUGUCCAGAGGCUUCGGCCUGGCCACCCAGGAACCCUGGAUCCAGUUUGCCACCAUCCGGGACAACAUUCUGUUUGGGAAGAAAUUUGAUGAAAGGCUGUACAAGGAAGUGCUCGAGGCUUGUGCCCUCAACGAAGAUCUCAGUAUCCUGCCUGCUGGGGACCAGACGGAGGUGGGGGAGAAGGGGGUGACCCUCAGCGGGGGACAGCGGGCCCGGAUCGCCCUUGCUCGCGCUGCGUACCAGGAGAAGGAGUUGUACCUGCUCGAUGACCCCCUGGCUGCAGUGGACGCCGACGUGGCCCGCCACCUGCUGCACCGUUGUAUCCUGGGUCUGCUGGGGGACACCACGCGGCUACUCUGCACCCACCGCACCGAGUACCUGGACAAGGCCGACCUGGUGCUGCUGCUGGACGCUGGACGCCUCGUCCGGGCUGGGCCACCCUCGGAGAUCCUGCCUCUGGUUCAAGCAGCGCCUAGAGCCUGUGCUGAGCACGGACCGGAGUCGGGCCCAGGCACGGCCCCGUCGUCGGUGCAGAGCCCAGAGGAGGCGAAGAAGGGGCUGGAGCUGGAAGAGAGCACGUCGGGCGGCCUGCUGCAGCGGGAGGGCAAGCAGGAGGGGGCCGUGGCCUUCCGCGUGUACCGCGCCUACUGGAGGGCCGUGGGCCAGGCCUUGGCCCUGGCCAUCCUCUUCUCCCUGCUUCUCAUGCAAGCCACACGCAAUGCGGCCGACUGGUGGCUGUCCUAUUGGAUCUCGCAGCUGAAGGCCAGCGGGAACCACUCCCUGAAGGCAGCCGCCCCCGACCCCGUCUCUGCCCGCCUGCUCCUCUUCUCCCCCGGAAGCCUCUACACCUCCACCUUCCUGCUGCCCGCAGCGGCCCCCAACGGCUCCAGCCCGGACGUCCGCUUCUACCUCACAGUCUAUGCCGCGAUCGCGGGCGCCAACUCGCUGUGCACACUGCUGCGGGCCGUGCUCUUUGCGGCGGGCACGCUCAGGGCCACGGGCGUGCUGCACCGCCGCCUGCUUCGGCGUGUCCUCCAGGCGCCGGUGACCUUCUUCGAAGCCACCCCGACGGGCCGCGUCCUCAACCGCUUCUCCUCCGACGUGGCCUGCACGGACGACAGCCUGCCCUUCCUGCUCAACAUCCUCCUGGCCAACGCCGCGGGCCUGCUGGGCCUCCUGGCCGUGCUGGGCUACGGCCUGCCCUGGCUCCUGCUGCUGCUGCCCCCGCUCGGCGCCCUCUACUACCGCGUGCAGCGCCACUUCCGCGCGUCCUCCCGCGAGCUGCGGCGCCUCUGCAGCCUCACCCUCUCGCCCCUCUACACGCACCUGGCUGACACCCUGGCCGGCCUCCCCGUGCUCCGGGCGGCCGGCACCAGCGACAGGUUUGAGGACGAGAACCAGCGACUCCUGGAGCUGAACCAGAGGUGCCAGUUUGCGUCCAGUGCCGCCCAGCAGUGGCUGGACAUCCGGCUGCAGCUGAUGGGGGCCGCGGUGGUGAGCGCCAUCGCCGCCAUCGCUCUAAUCCAGCACCAGCAGGGCCUCGCCGACCCAGGACUGGUGGGCCUGUCGCUGUCCUACGCCCUGUCGCUGACCGGUCUUCUCUCGGGCCUGGUGAGCAGCUUCACCAAGACGGAGGCCAUGCUGGUGAGCGUGGAGCGGCUGGAGGAAUAUUCCUGCGGGCUGCCCCAGGAGCCCCGGGGCUGGGCGCUGCAGCUGGGCCCUGGCUGGCUGACCCGGGGCAGCGUGGAGUUCCAGGCCGUGGUGCUGGUGUACCGGCCGGGGCUGCCCAACGCCCUGGACGGCGUCACCUUCUCCGUGCGGCCCGGGGAGAAGCUGGGCAUCGUGGGCCGCACAGGCUCCGGCAAGUCCUCCCUGUUCCUGGUGCUCUUCCGGCUGCUGGAGCCCAGCGCGGGCCGCGUGCUGCUGGACGGCGUGGACAGCGGGCAGCUGGAGCUGGCCGAGCUCAGGUCCCAGCUGGCCAUCAUCCCCCAGGAGCCCUUCUUGUUCAGCGGGACUGUUCGGGAGAACCUGGACCCCCAAGGCCUGCAUGAGGACGGGGCGCUGUGGCAGGCCCUGGAGCAAUGCCACCUGGGGGAGGCGAUCACGGCCGCAGGUGGUCUGGACGGCGAGCUGGGUGAGGGCGGCCGGAGCCUGUCCCUGGGGCAGAGGCAGCUGCUGUGUCUGGCCAGGGCUCUGCUCACAGACGCCAAGAUCCUGUGCAUCGAUGAGGCCACGGCCAGCGUGGACCAGAAGACUGACCAGCUGCUCCAGGAGACCAUCUGCAGGCGCUUUGCCAACAAGACGGUGCUCACCAUCGCCCACAGGCUCAACACCAUCCUGAACUCGGACCGCGUGCUGGUGCUGCAGGGCGGGAGGGUGGCCGAGCUGGACUCGCCCGCGGCCCUGCGCAGCCGGCCCCACUCCCUGUUCCAGCAGCUGCUGCAGGGCGCCUCAUCCUCUUCGUCCUCCCUCUGAGGCUGCGGCCCCAUUUGCCCGCUGCCCCUCACCAGGGGCUGGGCGCUGCCUCAUCGGUCACCUCCUCCUGGCUGGG